UGCUUGCUUUGCUCCAUAAUAAUUUCAUAUACGAAAAAAAAAACAAAUUCCGGAAAUUAUUUAUUAUCAAAUCAAACUUGAUCUCAACUUUUCUUAGGAUUUUGAUAUUCAAAUCUUAUUUUGAUAUAAAGAGGAUCAAAAAUCAAAUUAAUCAAUCGUACUAUGGAAUUUUAACAUUAUUGUUCGGAAAGAGAGUAGAAAGCAGAAUACGACGGAGAUUGGCGAGGCAGAUGGGGAAUAACGGUGUGGAGGAGGCAGUAGUAGCUUUGAAGCUCAAAGAAGAAUCGAAUUGGUGGCACGAAGUUAACGAAUCGCCGCUCUGGCAGGAUCGGAUUUUUCACAUUCUCGCCGCUCUCUACGGUCUUGUCGCCGCCGUCGCUCUUGUUCAACUGAUUCGGAUACAGUUGAGAGUUCCCGAGUAUGGCUGGACCACGCAGAAGGUCUUCCAUUUUCUGAAUUUCCUGGUGAAUGGGGUUCGAGGGCUAGCAUUUGUUUUCAGACGGGAUGUGCAGAAGUUACAUCCAGAGAUUGCUCAACAUAUCUUGCUUGACAUGCCAAGUCUAGCUUUCUUCACGACUUAUGCACUUUUGGUCUUGUUUUGGGCUGAGAUCUACUACCAGGCACGUGCUGUAUCAACUGAUGGACUAAGGCCAAGUUUCUUUACAAUUAAUGCUGUGGUUUAUACCAUUCAGAUUGCAAUGUGGCUGAUAUUAUGGUGGAAAUGUAUACCAGUUUUGGUCAUCCUCUCUAAGGUGUUCUUUGCAGGUGUGUCAUUGUUUGCAGCCCUUGGGUUUUUACUAUAUGGUGGAAGACUUUUCUUAAUGUUGCAGCGAUUCCCUGUAGAGUCCAAAGGGCGGCGUAAGAAGCUGCAAGAAGUUGGUUAUGUGACGACCAUAUGCUUCUUAUGUUUCCUAGUCAGAUGCAUUAUGAUGUGCUUUAAUGCAUUUGACAAAGCCGCUGACCUUGAUGUUUUAGACCAUCCAGUUCUAAACCUCAUAUAUUACCUGUUGGUGGAGAUACUACCUUCAUCUCUGGUGCUUUUCAUACUGAGGAAGUUGCCACCAAAACGAGGUAUUACCCAGUAUCAUCCCAUAAGCUGAACGAUUCAGAUGCUUUUUGUAAUGGUUCUUAUCCUGUACCCUGCAAAAAAGAAGAAGAGAAAAUCAGGAAUAGUUAAGGGCAAAAACUCAAUGGUCUGGUGUUUUGUUUGUACUCACAAGCUGACCUCAUGGAUUCUGAACUUCUCAGUGUGUAGAUUUUUGUUUGAAUUUGUUUUUGGAGUAGACCUAUACAAUCGUGUAAGCUGAUGAUUAUAUUUUGCUUUAUGGAUUAAAUUGCUAACAAAAAGAUGUGAUUUCAGGA